AUGACUAAAUUACAUAGCGUCGCCCAAAAAAAAAUGAAAUUUGAUAGUUCAUCUUCAACUUCAACUGAUAUGGAUCUAAUUUCAACUUCCUCUUCCUCGAAUCAAUCAUCUUCGGAAGCUCCAAAACAAUCUCAAAAAAGUUUGAUCUUUUCAUACCAAACAAAUCUAGAGCCUCAAGAACAAAAAUCAAUUCUCAUAUCGCAGAAUGAAGUAUUAAAAGUAAAAAAUAGAGAGAUCGAAGAAAGAAAUCACGCACUUGAAAUAGAAAACACAAAUCACAAAAUAAAAAAUAAAGAAACCGAAGAAAGAAAUUAUGCCUUAGAAUUACAGAAUACAAUUUUAAAAACUGAGAAUGCAGAUUUAAAAAUAAAAGAUAACAAUCAUACAAAACUCAAAACCAAAUAUGCAGUUCUAGAUUCAGAAUACAGAAAUCUUAAAUCAUUAAAGAAUGAAGAAGAAAUUAAAAUUUUGAAAAAAGAAUUAAAAGAAAUACAAGACGAAAAAGAUAAAGUAGAAAAGGUUUUUAAAGAUGAUUGA